AUGUGCAAAGACAGGAAAAUCGGGGUUGCGAUGGACUUCUCAAAGAGCAGUAAAAUGGCAUUGCAAUGGGCUAUUGACAAUCUGGCUGAUAAAGGCGACACCUUUUACAUCAUUCACAUCAAAUCCCAUGUAUCCCGCAAUCAAUUAUGGUCCGAAUCUGGUUCACCUCUUAUUCCCUUAGUGGAGUUUCGUGUGCCCGAAAUCAUGAAGAAGUAUGAUAUCCAGACUGAUAUUGAAGUUCUGGAUACGCUCGACACUGCUGCUAGACAAAAGGAGAUAAAUAUCGUGACCAAGCUUUACUGGGGAGACGCCAGAGAGAAGCUCUGCGACGCCAUUGAAGAUUUGAAGUUGGAUUCUUUGGUGAUGGGCAGCAGAGGCCUUAGCACCCUCCAAAGGAUAAUCUUGGGGAGUGUAACCAACUAUGUGAUUUCAAAUGCAGCUUGCCCUGUUACCAUAGUCAAGGAUCCAGAUUUUCACAAGCACUGA